AUGGAAACUGAAAUCAGACACAGAGGAACAUCUUCCAAUGACAAGUCUUUCGAGUCUGUUCCUACAACUGAAGAGCUUUUGGUUGAAAAAUUAGACGUUUUCUUAUCGUCUAUCGAGUCUCGUUUAGACAACUUUGAGCACUUUUUCAAAUUCAAGUCCCAAGAACUCAAAGAAGCUAAAGAGCUCAACUUGUCAACUUUUGCGGAAAAUGUCUCUCGUUCAAGACGAGAUAGCACAGCUAGCUUGUCCAACAUCAAGAACUACUCCAUCAACAAUUUGAACCUCAUUCACCAGAGACUUCAUCUCAUCAAGGACUCCGUAUUGCGAUCUUCUUUCACCAACUUGGAGUACUUGUACAAUACGCUUGAUGACCAGUAUAACUAUUUAUUCAACAGCACAUCUUCUGAAGAUAGUGAUUCUGCAAGUUCCGUAGACAAAGAAUUAAUAGCUAGUUCAAGCAACAGAAAGGAGAUCUUGUCUCAAAAAAUCAUAGCCACCAUCCAGUAUUUCGAUGAAAAAUUGCUACUGAUCGAUGCCUUCAUCAACGACAACAAGCCAGAAAGAAGACUCGACUACGAAGAAGACUCCACACUUCUUCAGUUACGAUUUUUUAACUUCAAUAGAGCUUUGAAGAAUGCCAAAGACAGAUACUUGCACUACUACGAGUUGCCUCUAAGUUGGAGAGAAAACAAGUACAUAGUAUAUGGUUAUCGGUACUCGUUGAACCACAGCACCAUGCUAAAGUCGAUCUUUGAAUUCAACCACAACGAAUCUAUGAACAUAUGGACCCAUAUCAUAGGAUUCUUUUUUGUGGGAUAUUUAACUCUCUGGCACUUCCCUAAUACCGAUGUUUACAAGCUGAACUCGUUCAAUGACAACUUGCCCGUCUUCGUCUUUUUUGGAGCGGCCUUGAAGUGUCUUAUCAGUUCUGUGACAUGGCAUACGUAUUCCUGUUUUGCCCACUUGCCUACCAGACAAAUGUGUGCAUGUGUAGACUAUACUGGAAUCACUGUGUUGAUUACUUGUUCCGUUAUAGCUGCAGAAUACUGUGCAUUGUUCAAUUACCCCAAGAUCCUAAAGGUGUAUAUAACGUUUUCCACGAUUUGUGGUACCUCCGGGUUCGCAUUUAAUUGGUCGCCUUACUUCGAUAAGCCCGAAUGUAGAUCCGUGAGAAUCGGCUUCUUCAUGGGGUUAGCAUUUUUGGGUGCAUCUGCCGGUGUUUGUAUGGCGAUAUACGAAGGCGUUCUCCCCACACUCAAGUUCUUCUUUCCUCUUGUCUACAAGAGUUUUGUGUGGUACUGGUUGGGGGUUAUUUUCUACGGAGGUCUAAUUCCAGAAAGAUGGAGAUAUGAUGUGAUCAUUGAAGAGAACACUAAAGUAUGCCACCACAACUAUGACACCAGAGACGUCUUAUUGGACAAUAUCGAAAAUAGUGGUCGUGAAGAAAUCGAAGAAAUUGAAGAGGAGUUUGAGAAUAUCGAGGAAAAGCAUUUACCAGAGGACGAAGAAGAGGCCAGAUUCAAAGAUAUUAUAGCCAAACAUUUUCCCGAGAAGCCAACCACUACUCCCUACAGUCAUGAGUUCCUUUCGUUGUGGUGGGUCGACUACUUUUUGGCAAGUCAUAAUAUCUGGCAUAUCUGUGUCGUGUUGGGGGUAGUGGGACAUUAUUUUAGUUUGUUGGACAUGUAUAGAAAUAUCGAAAGAGCUGCUACAUAG